AUGGUCGAUCGACGGCCACUCAUGCAGGAGUCCUCGGAUCUUUCUGAGAGCUCAGACAACACACCCGCACUGCCCUCGCUCGGAUUCUCCAAUAACUCCCACACUCUGGGGCUUACUACCCCACCGCCUGCACGACCGAACUACGCACGGCACCAGAACGAUACCGCUGCUGUCGGCCGCAACACACCAAGCAUCGUACCAGAAGAGGAUGAGGAAGAGGAUAUUUCAGAAAACUUUCAAAGAGGCAAGGAUACUGGGCUAGGGAUAGCACAGUCUGGUGCGACUACGCAGACCGCCAGACGUGUCAGUAUACAACCCAUCCCCCGACGAGCUGUUGGUCCUGGUCCCAAAAGCCCACCCACAAAGACCUCUGGCACUUUCUCGCCUCCAGGUUCGGCCGACCCAUACUUUGGAGGCUUCCCCAAGAGCUCAAAUGAGUCCACGCCAGAUCUACGACGAGACAGGUUCAGCCCCGACGUUGGCAGGGCAAGUCCGGACGUUGGCACAUACGAAGACUUUCGGCAUGGCAUACUGAAGAACGCAAAGCAAAGCAACACCAGUGUGAACGACUACGAGACAUACAUACAUGCCUCAGAUACUGAGGGACUCAGGGGAGGCGGGGCAGCUCCAUCCAUCAAGUCGGCAUAUGAGAACGACUUUCGCCCAAUACAUGAGUGUGCGACUACUCGAGACUUUUAUCAUCCGCGCUUCACCUGGCUUAACUUGUCUCUGAUUGUCAUUUCGUUGUUCUCGUGCUUAUUUUCUGGAAUCUUCCUAGCCUUGGCUAUCCGCGCGCCUCACUAUGGUCGGCGCAUUACAAGCCACGGCCCCAUUACUCCAUCUGACGCUAUUCUACUUACGACUGUCAUGGCCAAACUUAUCGAGCUGUCCUUCGUCACAGCUUUUGUGGCCUUCCUUGGACAGGUGCUUAGUCGAAGAGCGUUCAUGAAAGACCAUGGUCGCGGUGUAACGCUGUCGGAACUCAGCAUGUGGAGAUGGGUCGUUCAGCCUGGAACUCUAAUCACGCAUUGGGAGGCUGCCAAGUAUGCUGGGCUGUCUUUCCUGGGUAUCUUGAGUUUACUGAGCGCUAUUCUAGCGACACUCUAUUCGUCUGCGGCUGCAGCUACUGUUCAGCCCAUGCUAAGAGAUGGUAACUGGGACAAUGGCCUGGUCUUGGCUGGUCGUGUUAAGAGCGAUUUCGCAAACAUCAACUACCUCAAGCAAAUGUGCCAGACACCCAUUCGAACUGACAAGGUAGCUCAAGGAGAAACUUGUCUACAAAUGGAACAUGCUGGUCAGGGAUACCACAACUUUCAACGCUACCUCUCAGAUUGGGAUCUAUCAGCCAGAAAUGGCAACGGUACUGUGGUUCAGAAGUUACGACCCCAGGGCUUCGGGCUUCUAUACGAGAAUACUACGGUCAGUGGGCAGUGGAUCGACAUCAUCAAUACUACCGAAGUAUCCAAGAAGUACGGUCGAGCUGUCAACAACGUAACAAUGGCAAUGCCCCACUCGGGUGUGUUCGCUGCUGCCCGCGACCAGAGAAAUGGGAUUUUGCAACCCGAAGAGUUGAAUUCUGAAGGGACUUACUCGUUGCGUGCUUCGGUACCGUCACCAGUUUUGAAUGUGUUAUGCGUCAACAUGAAUAAAACGGAGUUGGAGCCUAUCGUAUACGACACCUGGAACAAUGAAACGGUCGAUCUCCUUUCGUGGGGGAGUAUUCCCGGAAUCCGAGACAACGCGACCACAACCAAUAGAACUGUGGUCGACGAGAUUUUCGGCUGGGACAUUAAUGACACAACCACACUCAACUGGCCGCCUGUCUUUGCGAAAUACCCGAUAUCUUUCAACACGAUCAUGAAUCAUUCAAGCAACGCCUGGGGACGACCUGCAAUAUAUAUGCUUGGGCAGGGUGGUCCAGAUGACGUUGGCAUGGACGGAACAGGCAUCUUUUCAUUAUGCAAGAUACACCUGAUGGUGCGACCGGGAUGCAGUACACGACACAAUGUCACAGGAUCCGGUGCUACCAUGGAAGCACUUUGCGAACAACCCGGUGACGACAAAAUGGCUUUCGUCGAGACGGGAGAGACAGUCAGCGUCAAUACCCAAGGCGUGGCUAAUUGGCGCGAUAUAGGUACUGAUUGGGCCAACAGUCUUUCACUCGGCACAGGCCUCAUGGAUGCGAAUGCGAGCACUUCCAGGCUAUUAACACAGUUGAUACUAAAGCCUAGCGACCCAGCUCCAGAAAGUUUCAAAGUGGAUCUAAGCGAUGCCAUACCUAGUAUAGGAGAGGCGAUAGCUGUCUUGGCUGGAUGUACAUUGCUUCUCAGUAUGAUAGAUACGCCCUUUGUGACGUUCUGGAACUACACACACCCUAUGCUCGACGAGUAUCAAACUCAAUUCUUCAAAGCAUCUCUUAAAGCCCAACAAUACGCAUCUGGCGGCAUGCCAGGUGCUUCUAGAGCGUGGGUCCUCAUACUUGCACUUGUCUUCGCCAUGAACAUCUUUGUCCUGAUCUACUUCAUUCUCCACCGCGGACUGGUGACGGACUUUUGCGAACCACCAAACCUCUUCGCCCUCGCUGUCAACUCUCCUCCAUCACAUGUUCUCGCUGGAUCUUGUGGCGGUGGGCCAGAGGGCAAACAAUACAUGGUGAAUUGGUUCGUCAAUCAUGAGGGUAGCCACUUAUACAUGGAACCUGGCGAAAAGUCACAUCUUCUUGGUGACCACGGGCACGCGCAUGAGCAUAACCACACCCACGGCCAUGGCCAUACUCAUACCCACGUUCCGGUACACCAAGCCGCUCCACGAGAGGUCAAAGCUGGCAAUGGCUAUUUCUCUCACAUAUCCGAGGUGAUCAAGCGACGCUUAAGCAGGAAAGACUCCGCACCGACAAAGCUUCGGCCAGCAAGUGGUGUAGAGAGCCUCAGAGCUCCUGCGACUGUAAGACCGGGUAGCAUAGCGUCAGCGGACUAUGAGAUGGAAGAUGGUCAUACGAGGACGUCGCGACAAUAUCAGAAGUUGGCCAAGAGGAGGAGCAUGCUGUGA